AUGAGUCAGAACCACCUCGGCCGAACCCCUACUGAAAUUCUGGGAAGGAGGGAGAAGAAAAACUCCAGCCUCUAUUGUGCCUACCACCGAGAUGUUGGGCACGAGACCGAGGACUGCAACGAUCUGAAGAAAGAGAUCGAGAACCUGAUCAGACAGGGAUACUUGAAGCAAUUCGUCCGCAAGGAUGGAGGCUUCAACCGAAGCGCCUCCCACCAAGAUAACCGAGACCCUCGCCGAGAGGACAGGCGGGACACUAAGAGUCACUGCCGAGGGCCCGAGGACCAUAGGGAGGAACAUCGGCCUCCGCGAGAUGGGUCACCGGACUACGGUCCUAACAUCGCCUGGGUGAUCAACACAAUCGCGGGUGGCCCGACGGGAGGUGACAGCCAGAACUCCCGAAAACGGACAUACCGCCAAGCCGGUAUGGAGGUGGCCGAGCCGAGCUCCCGGUUAUCCGAGGUGAUCACCUAUAGUCCCAGCGACCCAGUCCCUGCAGCCUCCAGCAAUCGCGAAACUCUCGUGAUCGAAGUUCUCGCCAAUAAUUACAUAGUCAAGAAAGUCUAUGUUGAUCCCGGAAGUUCGGUAGACGUCUUGUACUACCAAACUUUCGAAAGUUUGAAACUGACCAGAGAGCAACUCACUCUUGUCAGAACCCCCCUCGUCGGCUUCGGGGGACACGUAGUCCACCCGGAGGGAAUGGUGUCCCAGAUGGUGACUAUCGGAAGUCACCCUCGCUGUCGAACUGUACCCGUCAGCUUUGCGGUGGUCAAAGUAGAUUCUCCUUACAACAUGUUAAUAGGUCGGCCCACGCUCAACGCCUUGAGAGUUGUGUACUCUACCUACCACCUGAGUUUCAAAUUUUCGACACCUGCGGGGGUGGCCGAGGUGAACAGCGACGUGAACGCCGCCCGAGAAUGCUACCUCGCCACCAUCCAGGCCGCGGUCACUCCCCGGGCUGCAUCAAAGGCUGAGGAAAAGAGGCAAACUGUCCUCUCCAUAGACAGUAUCGAUCCUCAGAAAACCGGAAAGCCCGGCAGGCUUGAGCCCGGGGACGAGGAGGAGCAGGUGGUCUUGGAUGAGGUGGGACCUGACCAAGUGGUCCAAGUGGGGGCUAGACUCCUCUCGCUCCUAAAAGAAGAAAUGAUCCACCUGAUAAAGGACCACAGAGACGUCUUCGCGUAG